UUAAGUUCUGCCUCUGCUUAAAAUAACAUGAGAUGAACUCAGAAAAUGAUUGCGAAAGGUCUUCUUUUAAAGAAAAAAAGGUUGAAAUUGUGAUCAUAUAUUGCAAGAUUAAUUACAAUAAUGGCAAAAAGUCACAGUUCUAAAGAAUCAUGUUUUUGUUUGAGAAGCUAUCAUGAUUAGGUUAAUUAUAAUAAAUAUGAAGAUUUACACUUUGAAAUUAUUUUUAAUAAAUUAUCAACCUAUGUAGAGACAAACAUAUUAGUAUCCAUCAAGAGCCUAUCCUUAACAAGUUUUUGGAUACUUAUAGCCAUAAUAUUAACACCAAUUGCCAUAAUUACAUCCAUAAAUCAUAUAUUAACCUUAUUUCCAGGUACCAGCAGCUCAUUAAUAUCCUUAACCAUCAAUUGCUAAUUAGAAUUUACAAUCACCAUAAAAAAAUUUUUAAAGCCCUUUUAGUGAAUUUGUAUCACCUUCAAGAACCAAUUUAAUGUAAACAUAAUAAUAAUCUCAAUCACAACAAAACCCUUUCUUGUAAUCGCCAUCCAGAGCUGGUUAUUAUACAUAUGAAUAAGUAAUGGAAAGAAUUAAAAAUGCUAAUUCAUAUCAAUAGCAGUAGCAGAAUUAAUAGUGCAUACCUUUAUCUAGAUAAUAACAAGAAAAUAAUUAUGGUAUUAAUAAAAACAUGUUUUAUAGUAGAAUCUAAACAAGCACAAAAUUAAUAAUUCAUGCCCAAAUAAGGCCUAGUUGACAAUAAAUAAAAUAUUGCAAAAGAAAUUAACAAAUUGGAGCCGAAAUAGCGCUAAGAAGAUAAAAUAUAAUCAGAAUAAAAAUAAGAAAAAGAUGAAGAUUUAGAAGGUAUUUGUCAUAGUAAAAUACUAGAAUUGGCAUUAUAGUAUGAAGAUGGAUAUAUUUAUAGAGGUCAAGGUUAUCCUCCAUAAACUAGAUAAGGAUUUGGCAUGCUUACAGAUAAUGAAGGUAGAGAAAUUUAUGCUGGCUAUUGGAAAUAGAAUGUUUAUGAUGGAUAGGGGAGGCUAUAGAAUUUAUAUGUAGAAGAAAUUGAUAGUGCUUUUGAUUGCAAUAAUAUGACAACUAUUGGAAAUGGCUGGUCAUCGUAUGAGGGUAAGAGAUAAAUUCUGAUAUUCCUAGGCUAAUUUGUUGGAGGCAAAAUGUAAGGUUAAGGAAUGCUUUUCUUGUCUAAUGGAGAAAAAUAUGUAGGAGAGUUUGAUGAUGGCAUGAUUCAUGGGGAUGGUGAAUUUACAACUUAUCAAAAAGAAGUUAUAAAAGGUAAUUGGGAUCAAGGAUAUUUGAUACAAAUGACUGAUGAAUGA